UUAAAAACACCUGUUACUGUUGUUAGCAUGGACCUUCUAAAAAUACGAUCAGUAGAGGAACGGGAUUAAGUUGUUUACAAUUUACCGUUAGUUAAUUAGAAUAUAAUGAAUUACGUGUUCCUGUCAGUCAAGCACCCUGAUUAAAAUUUGCCGUAAAGACAAUAAUAGAGCUUACUUUUAACUAUUGUAGCUGAUUCUCUCAUAUAAUGAGCUGGAACCCAUUUCGAUCAUCUCCUAAAAAGUCAGUAAUUACAAGGACAGAAGAACGAGAAUUUGACAAGGAAGUGAAGAAAUUAGAGGAACUUGAUCAAGUGACUAAAAAACUGUAUAAAGAUGUAAAAAGGAGUACUGAAGCUAAACAAGUUGCUGCUAAAAGUGAGAGAAAAAUUACCCAAGACCUGUUGAAUAGUACCUUGUGUCAGACAGAUGAAGAAUUAAAACAACAAGUAGAAGAUUGGGACCGUUCUGUUAAUAAACUAGAGGUCUACACCCAUGACAUGAGUAAUUGUGUCCAAAAGACUGUUAUAGAACCAAUGAAAAAGUUUAGCAGUAUUUUCCCUGGUGUUCAAACAGCAGUAAAGAAAAGAGAUCAAGCUUUACAGGAAUAUCAAAAAUGUCAAAUGAAAGUUGAUAAAUAUGAAUUAAGAGAUAGAACAGGAAUCAACAGAGUUAAACAAGAAUCGGCUAAAAAGUCCCUACAUGCAGCAAGAGAAGAGUUUAUGUAUCGGAAUACUGCAUUAAAGGAAGAUAUGCCCAAACUUCGUAAUGGUAGAAUAGAAUAUAUACAACCAUCAUUUGAAUCACUGAUAAAUUCUCAGACUACAUAUAAUACAGAAGCUUUUAAAAUAUACAGUGAAAGUUAUUUUCAAAUGAAUGGAUUAAUGGAAACAACGAAAGAAGAGUACAAAGAUAGAAUACAAAAAAAUUUAUCCAGUAUUAAAUCAUUAUCAAUAACAGUUGAUGAUUGAUCUAUGUUUAUAUUCAAUUAAUUUAGUUAUCAUGUGAUACAAUCAGGGGUGUAGUCAAGGGUUGCAAGCACAUAAAAAGGCAACCAUGAAAAGUACAAUUAUAUUUGUUUUUUUUAGAAUAAAAAAACACAGGGGUUGAUCAGCUAAAGUACAUGUAUGGAGUCAAUGGUCAUGUGGUAAAAAAUUAUGAGGCUUUUGUCACACAAGUAAACAUUAUAAGAGUUAAAAAAAGAGUGUCUCUUUUGAAAAAUGUGCCCAGCUAGAGGUUUGGUCGCUUCCAUUCCUACACCACUGGAUUUAAUGUCAAUAUAUAUAUAUACUUGUAAAUAUACAAAUUUUACUUCCACGCUGUACAGGAUUUUUUAAACCCCUCAUUUUUGUACUAUCUUUUAAUUAUUUAAUUGUUAAUUACAUAUUGUUAAGUGUACAGCCAGAUUACAUAAUUGAUCUAUUGACAUUCAUUUAAUUUCUUUACUUCUAUAAAUUAUAUAUUUGUCAAAUUAUACCCAGAAGAUCAAGUAAGAUAAUGUCAUAUUACAUGUAUGUAUUGUAUAUUUAAAAAAAUACGUGAUAUUAUUUAUAAUCUAUUGUCAAGGUAAUCUAUAUAUUAUUCUACGCAUGUAUAAAACUGUAUGACUGAUCUUUAAUUAUAUAAACAUUAUAUACAGCUACAUGUACCGGUACCUUAUGAUUUGAUGUAUAUCAGAAUGAUUUGUUUUAACUGGAUGUAUUUUUAUUUUUUGUAUGUAUAUAUUAUUUAUUAUUUUAUGUAAUAAGUAGAAGGCUUUACCUUAUGUUUCAUGUCAGGGUUAUAUCCCAGGUAGAAUAAGACGAGGGUUGAGUUUUGAUUUUGUUAUUCUGCCCUGGACAUCCCCAUUGAAGGAAAUGAAAUGAAAUGAAAUGGGGUUUAACGUCCUACUGUUCUGCUCCUAACCUGGGCUAAUGAAGAUGGGCAUACGCCAUACAGUGUACUAUGAGGGAAAUUUUGUCUGGGCAGCGGCGCUAUGGCCUACUCUUAUAUCGAAUUCCAACUGCCAAGGGAUUUUUUAUGUGCACGCCAAUGUGUACACGGGACCUCAGUUUCUCGUCCCAUCCGAACGACUAGACAGCUGUCCUUGUCACAGGCCCUCCAUUCUGCAUCACUGACAAGGGGAAACCACGUCAGAAAAUCUGAAUGAACUUUCUCGGCCAAUGCAGGGAUCGAACACCCGACCUCCAGGCUAGCGAGCCAGCGUCUUACCCGCUUAGCCAUGUGAACCAUAUACAUGUAAUCCCUGAAUAUGUUUAUUAGUAUUUGAUAGGGUAUAGACAAAACUUACACAAAAUUAAUGUUACACUAUGUAUCUAUAGAGAAGUUACAGAGAAGGUGGUCAUUUUCAGACGAAAAUGCUAAUUUUUAUUUCUAUUCUGGGUGCAAUGUGAGGUAAGAGUUGACAAGACAGCUGCAUUUUCACAUAAUCUUCAGUUUUCUAAUAUCAACUAUUAUAUGUGCUUGCUAAUUUCUAAUGUAUACAUGGGUGGACUGCUGGGUUUGUCCCAUCUGAACAAUUAGGCACACUUUCCUUAUCAGGUUAACAUCAUGGUAGAUGUUAUCCUGAACAAGCAUAAUGAAGUAUUUCACCUAUAUUGUUAAAUUUGAUGUUCAGAAUCUAUGGCAAUACAUAUAAUCAUGUUUUUCUACUUUCAUGUGAUAAAUUUAUGUUUUUGUAUUUUUUUACAUUUUACACGAAAAGAAUUUCCAUUAAAAUAUUCAAAGAUA